AUGGAACCCCAACUUCUGCCAACCACCACCAUCAAACUUGGCAAAGUAUCCCUCAAGCGCGUCACACGCCUCCUCCUUGGCCUUCUCAGCCACAUCAAAUGGCUCAAAAGGGACAUUGCCAAAAUCAAGGAAGCAGGGGUCAAGACCCAGACCAACGUUGAGAACAUUUCCCAAACUGUCAAUGUUGUCAAGGAUGGGCUUAGAAGCCUCCAACUCCAAGGACCCCGCACACCUGAGGGUCCCCAGCCCAAGCCUGUGGAAGAAAUGCCACGCCCCUUACCAAAAGCCAAGCCUAUUGGAUUGGCUAGUGGGCUCCCAUUCUGGUCCAAAGGAACCCAGGCUCCCCCAGCCUUUGCUCAACCAGCCCCAAGAAGAGUUGCACCCCUGCAAGUUUCAUCUCCCCCUCCGUCUCUGCAUCUCCAAUCCCCAAUUGGAGCCCCUGCCCCUCAUCCACCAGCUCCAGUUGCUGCAUACCCUGCCCUGGUCAAAGUAGACCACCCAGAUGCCUAUACCAGCAAAAUUGGGAGUGAGGCCAAACAAUGGCUCACAAGGAUGCUGGCCUGGACCUGGCUAAACUUGCGCAUGUUCCCCACGGACCAAGAGGUCUUAUUGUUCCUUUUAAUGAACAUGAAGGAUUCCGCAGGAGCAUGGGCUCACCCACACCUUGACCAGCUUGGGUCACACCAAGCCAUCAUCCAAACAGUCAAGGGUUUUAAAUUGGAGUUCCUGGCAGCCUUUGGCAACCCUGAUGCCACAAGGGCUGCCAAGCAGAAAAUCACCACUCUCACUCAAUCUGGCACAUGCAUGGAUUACAUCACAAAGUUCAGAACCUUAGCUAUGGAACUGGACUGGAACAAUGCGGCCCUCAGAGGCCAAUUUGCCCGCGGCCUCCACUGGGAGGUCAGUCAACAAAUUGCCACCUGCAAGCAUUGCCCCUGUACCCUCCUUGAGCUACAAAAUGUAGCACUUGUCAUUGACAAUGCUCUCUGCAAAGAGCAUGCUAGCCACCCACCAAGGGACAAUAAGCCUAGCAAAGGACCCAACCCCGCAAGGGGGACAAGUACUGGCCAGUCAACCACCAGUUCAAAGAAACUUUCCAAUGACCCCAACUUUGUAUUGGAAGAGGAAAGGAAUUGCUGCUGCGCCGCAGACACCUGCAUCAAGUGCGGCAAAAUGGGCCACAAGUUUGCGGAAUGCUGCAUGGGCUGGAAGGCUACCCCUAUCAAGGACAAGGGGAAAGCCAAAGAGACCGCCAAGAUGGGCAAAGACUCUGAGUACCAAUUGGGAAAAGAUAGCUCAAAUAGAAUCUCACCACUCUUCACAAUUUCAAUCACACUGGAGAAACAAGCGGAACCAUUAGAAGUCCUGAUAGAUUCAGGCGCCACAUCCUCCUUCUUACACCCCCGUACUGCAGAACUACUCCACCUUCCACUCAUUAACCUUCCCACACCCUGUACUGUUACUAUGCUUGAUGGGUUGAGCCCCCAGGCUGGCAAGAUUUGGAAGAAGGCCAAUAUGACCUUCCUAUUUGAUGGCAAACAAAUGACCAAAACCUUCCUGGUUUAUAAUACCGGAACACACACUGCUAUCUUAGGAAUCAAAUGGCUGGAACAAAAUAAUCCCAAGAUUGACUGGAACUCCCAAACUCUCUCCUUUCCCCAUGCACCACCAGAACACGCGGUCAUUGCCAAAGAAGAAGAAGCUGAUCAAAACCCCCUUGAAGGAGUACCCCCUGAGUACCACCAGUAUGCCAAGGUAUUUGGGGAAGAAGAAUUCAACAAGCUUCCCCCACAUUGGCACUAUGACAUUGGGAUAGAACUCACAGAAGAAGGCCCCCUUAAUUUGCCUCUAUAUAGCAUGACUGACGCCUAA